AUGAUCGAGCCAUUCGCGAUUCCAGUGCCGGACUCCGAAAAUGCGAGGACUGGACAUGAGUUCCAUAUCUGCUUUGACCGUUGCGAGCCACGUCUUGCGUUGACCGCCUCGGCGAUUUCUCCAACAAGUAGUUUUCUCAGUAUCUAUCUAUCUCAAUCUGUUAUCUAUCUAUCUAUCUAUCUAAGUUUGUUCAAUAUCCAUUUAUCUAUCUCGUGUUGUUCAAUAUUUCUCUCACUUUGUUCUCAAUCUACCCCAGUUUGUUCAGUGUCCAUCUCAAUUCCUUCCAUUUUGGGAUUUCUUAAAAGUCAUUUAAUUUUAUCUAUCAAUUUUCCUCCUGUUCUUUAUUCGUCUUAUUCUCUCUAUCUAUUCAUUCAUUCAUGCUUUCUUCUUUUGCGUGCGCUUCAUCUAUUUACGUGUAGUUUUUCUUUUCUUUUCUAUACAUUGUUUACGUUAGUUUAUUUAGUCGUUUUUUUUUUUUCUUACUUUAUUACCAUAUGUCAUUUUCAUUUACUUCCUGCCUUGCUUCCUUUCGUCGUCUAUUAUUUUCAUGUCUUUCUUUUUCACUUUCUUUACUUUCUUUCUUUAUUUUUAUUCUUUCUUUCUUUCUUUACCUUCAUUAUGUAUAUUCUCUUUUUUCUUUCUUUUUCUUUACCUUCAUUAUAUAUAUUUCUUUCUUUCUUUCUUUCUUUACCUUCAUUAUUCAUAUUUGCUUCUUUCUUUCUUUACUUUCAUUAUUUAUAUUCGCUUCUUUCUUUCUUUCUUUACUUUCAUUAUUUAUAUUCGCUUCUUUCUUUCUUUCUUUCUUUACUUUCAUUAUUUAUAUUCGCUUCUUUCUUUCUUUCUUUACUUUCAUUAUUUAUAUUCGCUUCUUUCUUUCUUUCUUUCUUUACUUUCAUUAUUUAUAUUCGCUUCUUUCUUUCUUUCUUUCUUUACUUUCAUUAUUUAUAUUCGCUUCUUUCUUUCUUUCUUUCUUUCUUUACUUUCAUUAUUUAUAUUCGCUUCUUUCUUUCUUUCUUUCUUACUUUACUUUCAUUAUUUAUAUUCGCUUCUUUCUUUCUUUCUUUACCUUCAUUAUUUAUAUUCGCUUCUUUCUUUCUUUCUUUCUUUCUUUACCUUCAUUAUUUAUAUUCGUUUCUUUCUUUCUUUACCUUCAAUAUUUAUAUUCGCUUCUUUCUUUCUUUCUUUACUUUCAUUAUUUAUAUUCGCUUCUUUCUUUCUUUCUUUCUUUCUUUACUUUCAUUAUUUAUAUUCGCUUCUUUCUUUCUUUCUUUCUUUCUUUACUUUCAUUAUUUAUAUUCGCUUCUUUCUUUCUUCCUUUCUUUACUUUCAUUAUUUAUAUUCGCUUCUUUCUUUCUUUCUUUACUUUCAUUAUUUAUAUACGCUUCUUUCUUUCUUUCUUUACUUUCAUUAUUUAUAUUCGCUUCUUUCUUUCUUUACCUUCUUUAG